AUGACGAUUGCUACUUAUAAUGUUUCAUGGAUUAUUUUAGGACCUCUGAUUCCAUCUGUUUUGGUGAGUAUAUUUAAUUUGUAUCAUGUAUUCAGCAGUCGAGCACUUCUUAAAGCGCUCAACAAUCAUGUUGUUGUUCUGCUUCUAUGUUUUGGACUAGUAUACGAACUUACACUUGAUAUAUUGUAUACAGUCAUUGAUCAAACCCUUGUUGCUCCAAUACAAACACCUGCAUUUUGUUAUGCAUGGGCAUUAUUAAAUUCAUCUAUACCCAUAAUUAUUUAUCUUUUAAUGGCCUGGGCAGCAAUUGAACGGCAUAUUCUAGUUUUUCAUGCAAAUUGGUUUGGCACUCAAAGAAAACGCAUUUUAUAUCAUUAUACACCAUUGGCUCUAUGCAUUAUAUGGCCUAUGGUUUUUUAUAUUACCACAUUAUUCAUUAUACCUUGUUCUUUUCCAUUAAAUUACAAAGUCAAUGACUGUGGUUUUUAUUCAUGCAUUACAAGAUUUGCUUGGCUUGCAUUAUUUGAUAGUAUUGGACAUUAUAUGGUGCCAAUAUUUCUUAUUGUAAUUUUUAGUGUCUCUCUUUUUGUACGCGUACUGUAUAACCGGUAUCGCGCACGUGGACAAAUUGAGUGGAAAAACUACCAAAAAAUGGCACUUCAAUUAUUACCAAUAUCAAUGCUUUAUAUUGUACUACAGUUUCCAUGGGUGCUUAUGUAUGCUCUUUAUUCAGCUGGUGUACCAAGCAGUGCAGGUGCCAGUUUUUAUCACGAUAUUCGAUCAUUCAGUAGUUGGGCUAUUCUCUUUACUCCAUUUGCAACUGUAAUGUCAUUGCCUGAAUUAGGAAAAAAAUGUCGACAACUUAUUUUCUUUUGGCGACCACAACGUGCUGUUCAUCCUCAAGCAUUCACAGUCAAUCGUCAAAACGGUAAUCAAACUGUCUUAGUACCAUUAAAAAGAAUGGCAUCAAAAACACCAGUAGCAACAAAACCAGCAGAAGUUAUUCAAACAACAACACAACCAACAGGUAUUAUUCAAACAACAACACAACCAACAGGUAUUAUUCAAACAACAACUGAACCAACAGGUAUUAUUCAAACAACAACUGAACCAACAGAAGCAACAACACCAGUAACAAAAAUACUGCCAACAAUGGCAUCAGUAACAACAACACUAAUGACAAAGCCAGAAACUGAAAUGACACCAAUUGAUAUAUAA